CACGCCUUCCUGACGCGCACCAGAUAUAGACAUAGAGCCACGUGUAGAUGCAGUGACAGUGCACUCAGCGAUCCAGAGACUGCGACACGAUUCCAGAUCCACCAUGGUACCACCGGGAAAGUCCUUCGAGGACUACUAUCGAGCCGUCGUAACAGCUCCUGGCUUCGAAAACAGGAGCCCAGAGGAAAGAAUCAACGCCAUCCUGGCCAUUAGAUGCCCGGAGGACCCUCGUUUCCUCAGCCAAUUUACAGAAGAAGAUGUCAAAUUAGUUUCAUUCACCAAGCAGAGCGAUACAACAUGCAAGGCCGUCUUCAGCUUCAAGGCGACCCGAUAUUACUGCAAUAUCUCGGGAAAUCUUCACGGCGGCGCCCAGGCUACUAUCUACGACAUGUUGACCAGUUUCGCAAUGCAAGCGAUUGGCAUCAAAGGGUUUUGGUUGAAUGGUGGGGUCAGUAGGACACUGGAGUGCACUUACCUGAGGCCGGCACCUGAAGGGACAGAUCUGUUGUGCGAGGUGGAAGUGCUGUCGACUGGCAAGACACUAUCGCUACAUAGAGGCAUCAUCAAGCGAGCAGAUAAUGGCGCGGUUAUCAGUGUGGGGAAGCAUGACAAAGCCGCGGUGAUGGUGAAAGCUGGAGUUGAUGUGCCGUCGAAGUUGUGAGCAUCGCGACAGAGUUGCUGGAUACCUGACCACGAACGACGGAUCCACCCACAACAUCGCUGAGCGCCAUUAUAGACGCAAAUACCGAGCUCAUGGGCAGGACGCGCGUCGAAGCGAUUUUCUGGCUAUGAACACUUCUCAAUACACCCUAUCUGAUAGACGAAACACAGCCAUUGCUCUCCAUUCGGUAGCGACAGUAGCAUCAUUUCCUGACUACAACGAGGAGCCCAUCAGG